UUUUCAAGUGUUCGGUUGUUUAAUGAUUAGUGUCGUUUAAUAAUUAAAAAAUCGUGGUAAAUAAUGAAGCAAAUUAAAAUAUUUUUGCAUAAAAAUGUAAAUUAAAUGUUUCUUAAUAAUUGUGUGUAAAAAUUUUGCUGGAAAAUGUUAAGUAAAUUAGUGAAAAAAGUGUUAGAAGUUUGUUUGAAAUUUCUUGCAAAUUAGAAGCGGCGUUGUGUUGCUUUAGUUUGGCCAUUCGUUGGUGCAAACACAAAAAAAAAUGUAAAAAAAUAAAGAAGAGUGUGUGGAGAGGUUGUGUAUGAGAGUAAUGCAAUUCUGCGCUGUUGUUUUUGUAAAGUUUAUUAUAUCUAAGAAGAGAAAAAAUUAAAGUGAAAAAAUCCAAAUAAAGAUGUCACAGGUUGUUGUGAAUUAAAAGUUAGUGUAAUAAGAAGAUGCAAAAAAUGGUUAAAUGAAAUCAAUUAAAAAUCAAACUAAAAUUAAAUUAGCGAAAUUAAAUUAAAAUUAAUUAGCAAAAUAACAAAAUUUAAAAGCAAUUAAAUCUUAAAUAAAAUAUAAAAAAUAUGCAAUGACGAAAAAAUAAAAAAAAUUAAAUUUAUUGAAAAAAAUCAAUUAAAAUAUGAAAAAGUUAAAAAAAGUUAUAAAAGUUUUUAUUCGCUUUAUUAAUAGUACCCCUAAUAUUACAAGAAAUACUGUAUACUGCAACAGGUAUGUCUGUAAAAAUUCGCAUAAUGAAUGGAAACGAUUGAUGCACCUUUUCCUAUAAGGCAUUUGUUAAACUGUACCUUUAUAUGCUCUACAUCUGUAAUAACCACGUAAAACUAUCCUGUAUGAAGUUCUUUGCUGAAAUUAUACCAAAAUGCGCGAUCUUAAACAAUGUUUACUAGAUCUUUUACGAUCUGGUGGUAUAUCUGUCGGUGAUAAUAAUAGCAACACAAACAAUCCACAAGCCAUGCCUACCUCAAAAAUGUCCCACAAACCAAAGAAACUUCAUGAGUACACAGCAGCCGAUUGUAAUGCCGCCUUUCUGCGUAAAUACUACGAAGUGGGUAAUAGUGGUGGCGGCUUUAGUGCCCCCAACAAUGGCAUUAUAUAUUUUAAUGAAAAUCUUACAAUGACCAGUAAAUAUGAUAUGAGACAAUUUCCCAUGAAUCGUUAUCCUUCAUGUCCUCUAAGUACAUUUAGUAAUAGUGAUGAUAGUGUCUCACCGCCAAGUUCAAAAUCUGAUAAUCAUAAUACAACCGAUGAUACGGAAAGUUGUCGUUAUGAUGAUUAUUCAUCGGAAGAGGAUCGCACAACAUUAAUUGAUUAUUGCACGCAUAAUAAUCCAGAUAAUGUGGUAGAUCCAACGCAUAUUUGUUGUGAAGCCGAUGAUGCUUUAUUAGAUUCGUUUUGUACCUUAUGCACUUCCAGUUUUAGUUAUAAUAAGUGUUGUCGUUAUUGUGACAACUCACAAUGUGGUUCGAAGUGUAAUUCAGAACGCAGCUCCCAUAUCAGUCGUCGUAGUCAACCACCACAGAAUUUACUAAACUCCACCUUACAGCGUAAUAAUGGUAACUUAAGAACAACCAAUGAUUACGCGCCACCUCAAUUAAAUGCCAGCAACCUGCAAAAUUUUAAUCAACACAAUAACAACAACACUAGUAAUAAUUGUAACAAUAACAGCAGUAACAACAACAACAACAGCAAUAAUAAUAAAAGUACGAAAAUGCAUUCCCAUCAAUUGGAUACAUAUUCCGAUUCAAUGCACUCGGGCAGUAUUUCUUCGGUGGAAAGGCCCAAUGGAGGCGCAUUAGCGCUGCAUUAUGCAGCAGCCAGAGGUUGUUUAGAUUGCGUGCAACUAUUGGUAGCAGCAUCAGCAGAUAUUUGCGCCAAUACGCAAAUGGACAAUGAUGUCACACCAGUCUACUUGGCAGCACAAGAGGGACAUUUGGAAGUUCUAAAAUUUUUAGUGCUUGAAGCUGGCGGCUCAUUAUAUGUACGAGCACGCGAUGGCAUGGCACCGAUACAUGCUGCUUCACAAAUGGGCUGUUUGGAUUGUGUCAAAUGGAUGGUGCAAGAUCAAGCGGUUGAUCCAAAUUUACGUGAUGGUGAUGGUGCUACUCCGCUACAUUUUGCAGCCUCACGUGGUCAUCUCUCGGUGGUAAGAUGGCUGUUGAAUCAUGGUGCUAAAUUAUCACUGGAUAAAUAUGGAAAAUCUCCCAUAAAUGAUGCAGCAGAAAAUCAGCAAGUGGAGUGUCUUAAUGUAUUGGUGCAGCAUGGAACAUCUGUAGAUUAUAAUGGUAGAGAAAAGAAUGCUACACAAAGACAUGGCAAAUCAACCUCAGCAAAUAGGCAACAGCAGCAACAACAUCAGCAGCAGCAGGCGCAGCAACAACAACAGCAUCAAAAUGGCAAUAACACAGCAAUGGGUCAUCACAACUCUCACAGCAGUUGCAACAAUUCCAUGAGCAGCAAACAGACCAGUCGCAGUAAUACCAUCAAAUCGAAAACAUCUUCAUCAAUGAGCUCAGAUCAGGAACCAUUCUAUUUACAUCCGCCAUCAACUAUGGGAGCACGCAGUAAAACUAACGACUCUCUCUAUACGCCCCAAUCACAACAUUCACGCAGUUCUUCGGAAAAGAUUUACAAUGGUUCAUUGGUGCCCAAUAAUGAUGGACUUUAUGUUAAUCCUAUGCGUAUGAAUGGUAUUUAUACGCCUCCUUCGCCCAGUGGCAGCAUGUCGGGUGAUUCAUUUUUCCUUCACGAUCCCCAGGAAGUGGUAUACAAUCGUGUACGUGAUUUAUUCGAUUCCGAUUCGAGCAGUGUUAAACAUUCAAAUCCCCAUAAGCAACAUCAUCAUCAAAAACAAUCCUCUUCCAGCCAUUCAACACCCAGUUCUAAUGCCUUAACCAUACAAGCUGAUGUCCAUUCUAGUUCUAGUGGAGCUGGCAGUGGUUCAGAUGAAUCCGUAUCCAUACCCUCCAGCAUGAAUUCACCCAAGGUGCAACCCCAUAGAAAUCAUAGUUUUAAUCGUCACACAUCGAAUCAUCCCCAACCCCAGUUGCCACAAAGAGACCCCUCCCAGCAACAACAGCAGAUGGCGCAACAUCACAGCAAUAACUCAAGCAAAAACUAUAGUCAGUCGCAUAUUUUGAAUAAUAAUAAAACGAAUGCCAAUGCCACAACCAACAACAGUUCCAGUAAUUUAAUGAUCCAUCAAAAUAAUCAUAAAAAUAAUAAACACAAUGGACCAAAUCAAAAGACUACAACAGCCGCAUCUAACGCCCAUGAUCAUGAUUAUGAGGACAUCUAUUUGGUAAGAGAGGAUGCCAGAAAGAAUCAACAGAAAUACAUGAUUGGACGCUCGCGCUCCAGAGAUAGUGGUUCACAUUCUAGAUCGGCUAGUGCUUCUUCAACUCGCAGCACAGAUGUGGUUCUACAAUAUAGUAAUCAUAAUCUUAACAAUAAACGUGAUAGCACUGUACUCAAUCGCAACAAAUCUCAGUCCAUUAUUGGUCUGCAUGGCAAAUAUGAUGCCGCUAUAGCACAACGUUCCAAGGACAACUACAGUGCCAAAAAUGUAAAUCUAAAGAAUCAACUAAAUAGUGGCAUUAAAAGUGACACCUAUGAAAGUGUAUGUCCACCCGAAGAUGUAGUUGAACGUACCAAACAGGCUAAUAAGAAUUCGGUAAUACGCAAUAACCUAGAGAACAAUGCUAAUGGUAGUGGUAGCUCUCACUAUGGCAGUAACACAAAAUUGGCUGGACCAAAUGCAAACAAUAUGACAGCGAAUGUAAAUAAUAGCAAUCAAAAUAUUUACAAUAGCAGCAAUAGUGUUAAUAGUAACACAUCCAGUAAUAUGAAUAAUAACAACAACAGCAGUAAUACCAUCAACAACAACAACAGUAAUAAUAAUAACAACAACAGCAACAAUAAUAACAAUAGACACUUGAAACGUGUUUCCUCAGCACCUCCAAUGCAAAAUACUCAAAUUGUUAAUGGUCCACCACCACCUCCUUUACCUCCUCCGUUACGAAUACCUUUUAAUCAAUUUCAACAGCAGCAUCAACAACAGCAAUCACAACAGCAGCAUCACCAACAGCAACAACAGCAACACCAAUCCCUUAUUUACAAUACCAACAACAACAACAAUCAAAAGAACAAUAUGAAUUCAGAACAUUCGAAUUCAUUGAAUUCUUGUCAUCGCGUUUCGAAUACUAAUUUAAAUACCGAUAAUGGUUUGGAUUCAGAUUCCGGUUUAGAAGUUGUUGAAGAACCAUCUCUUAGGCCAUCUGAGUUGGUGCGUGGUAAUCAUAAUCGCACCAUGUCAACCAUAUCAGCGAACAAGAAAGCUAAACUACUCAAUGGAGGCUCAAGCGUGCAACAAGCGACUAACACACAAACAACAACAAAUGGUGAAAUUAAUAUCAACAACAGCAACUAUCAACAUUUACAGAACGGUAACAAUGGCAGCAUUUGCAACGGCUUUAACAACAACAAUAAUAGCAACAGCAACUAUGGCAAAAAUCCAGCUCAUUAUCAGCAUUUACAACACAACGGCGGAGCCAUUGUUAGUGGCAACAGUAAUAGCGGCAACGGUCAUUCAAAUUACUCAUCUUCUACAUCUCAACAUCAUCACUACCAACAACUCCAGCAGCAGCAACACCCUCAUAUCUAUGGUUCUUCAGCCGAAGAUCAUUACGAAUUGACACAGGCUCAGUACGGUCACAACAACGUUGCAGGGAAUGCUUCCUCACGUCCCGGUGGUCCAAAUUUAGUUAACAAACAGCUAGUACUGCCAUUUGUGCCACCCAGUUUCCCAAAUAAUUCACAAGAUGGUGUUACACAUCUCAUCAAACCAUCCGAAUAUUUGAAAUCCAUUAGUGAUAAACGUUCAUGUCCAUCCUCGGCCAGGUCUACAGAUACCGAAGACUAUAUGCAAAUACAGGUAUCGAAUCAGCAUCCCAUAAGCUUUGAACCACCAAAGCCACCACCACCACCGCCAUUGCCCAUGACACCACUGACACAUCACAAUACCAUCGAUAAUAACGAAAGGAAUAACACAAACAAAUCACAAAAUAAUCAUCAUUCGCAAAAUAAUCAUCAAGAUACAGCCACACGUAAACAACAUCAACCCCUGUCAGCCAUUUCAAUACAGGAUUUAAAUAGUGUACAGCUGCGCCGCACCGAUACUCAAAAAGUACCCAAACCAUAUCAAAUGCCUGCUAGAAGUCUCAGCAUGCAGUGUCUCUCCUCCACCACAGAUACCUACUUGAAAACCGAUUUAAUUGCCGAAUUGAAAAUCUCCAAAGAUAUACCGGGCAUUAAGAAAAUGAAAGUGGAAAAGCAAAUGGCCAAUCGUAUGGAUUCCGAACAUUAUUCGGAGAUCACCAAACAAUUCACCGCCAACAAUUACGUUGAUCAAAUUUACUUACAGAUACCGGAAAAAGAUCAAGCUGGUAAUAUAAUACCAGAUUGGAAGCGACAAAUGAUGGCAAAGAAAGCGGCUGAAAAGGCCAAAAAGGAUUUCGAAGAGCGUAUGGCUAAAGAGGCAGAGAGCCGAAGACUAUCACAGAUACCACAGUGGAAACGUGAUUUGCUGGCACGCCGUGAGGAGACUGAAAAUAAAUUGAAAGCCACUAUUUACACUCCCAAAGUGGAGGAGAAUAAUCGUGUGGCUGAUACAUGGCGCCUAAAGAAUCGUGCCAUGUCCAUCGAUAACAUUUCUAUGGUUUCCUCUGCAACUGAAAUUAUAUCCAGUCACACUAAUAAAGAGAAUGCCAAUGGUUAUGCUCAAAAUGGUGCUUAUAAUGGUCAUGAUAGUAAAUCGGUGAAUGGUGACAAUUACCAGCAUAUUAAUAUGGAUUUCCAGCAGCAACAACAACAACAGCAGCAACAAUAUCAGCAACAACAAUACCAGCAGCAGCAACAGCAAUUACAACAGCACCAACAACAACAACAGCAACAGGAGGAAGAUGAACCUGAAAAUAUAAUACCAUGGCGUGCUCAAUUAAGAAAAACCAAUAGCAGACUGAGUUUAAUUUAAGGCAAAUAAAUAAUAUAAAUCCCAUUUGUGUCUUUAACGAUACAAUUUCAUUAAGCUUAUAACA